AGCAUGAACCAUACAAUGCCAGGAAUACACAAGGGAGCAAUGAUCUGGAGGAUGGCCGUGAGAGAUGCCUUUGGUUUUGAUGCAUGGAUACGGCAAGCAGGGACCUACUUCAGCCUCUAUCUGCUAUUGCCCCUUUAUUUUUUGGUCCAGUCAGACAUUGUGUUUUCCAAGGACCAUCAUUUCUCAUGGAAAGAAGGACAAUGGAGUCAGUGUAUCGGGGAGGAGUGUGGUUCUGGUGGGGUUCAGACAAGGACAAUAUGGUGUGUCCACACAGAAGGUUGGACUACCCACCGUUCUCACUGCCAGCACAUUGACAAGCCAGAAACCCAACGCCACUGCUUCAAGGUCUGUGACUGGCACCAGAACCUCUUUGUGUGGGAAGUAUUGGACUGGGGAAGCUGUGUUCUUAUCCCCAAGUAUAGAACUGCAGAGUGCAUUACAGCACAACAUGGCAUUCAGAGGCGCAAAGUCCAUUGUGUACGCUCUUCAAAUUAUACCACAGUCACUGCCAGGAUAUGUGAGUUUUUUUCUCAAAAACCACCUGCUGAGCAGGCAUGCCUUAUUCCCUGUCCACAGGACUGUGUAGUUUCAGACUUUACCUCUUGGUCAAGUUGUGGCAAAACAUGUGGUGUUGGCCUGCAACAUCGGACUCGACAUGUCUUAGCCACACCGAUGUACGGAGGAGCAACCUGCCCAAACCUGACCAACACAAGGACUUGUUCUACCCAUCUUGACUGCCCUUCAGGGGAGAGUGAGUACCAGUACAGUCUGAAAGCAGGGGCUUGGAGUGAGUGUAAACUUCUCCAUCACAAUGGUGCCCAAUUAAGAGGCAGAACUACCGUAAGCUUCAACACAAGCUCUAAUGAGAACAACACAGUUACAAUGGGGAAACAAGUAUCUCAGCACCACUCCUAUCAGCACCAUCAUCAGUCUCUGUCUCAUGGGUACCCAAUGUCAUGGGAACUUGAGGUGGGAUACCAGACAAGACAAGUCCACUGCACACAAAAGGAUGGCAAGAACUCUAUGCUGAGUCUCUGUACCAAGGACAACUUCCCCUUAAUGUUCGAGGCAUGUGUGAUGCCUAAAGACUGUCAGACGUCUGAUUGGUCAUUGUGGAGUCCCUGCUCUAAGACCUGCCAGUCCACCGACCUGUCUCCUGGUUACCGCCUCCGGUCACGGAUCAUGACACACAUCCCAGUUGGAGGGGGGAAACAAUGUCCUGCCCUUGAAGAAAAAGAAGCUUGCAACAUUAUAGGAGAUUUACUUCCAAACUGCCCCAGGUUUGUGUGGAGGACCACUGACUGGGGGGAAUGUCGUAUCCUCCCCUUAUUAAGCCAGCAGGACCGACGGCUAGGUAACAUUGGCAUUCUGUGUGGAGGUGGGAUCCAGACCAGGAAGACAUACUGUGUUCAAGACUCUAACGACUCAGCUCCACAUUACAGGAAGCAUGUGUCCAGGCCUGUGGAUGCCAGGCUGUGUGCUGGUGAGGAGCCCCCCAUAGCUGUCCAGCAAUGCUCCAUCCCUUGCCAGCUUCAUUGCCUGCUCUCCCAAUGGUCUCCCUGGAGUGCCUGUGUACAUGAUAACUGCAGAGAACCACAAGGGAAAAAAGGUUUCAGAAAGAGGAGGAGAGAGGUUUGGUGGGAGUCCAGUAGUUCUUCGGAGACCUGCCCUCAUCUGGUGGAGUUUAUCCCUUGCGACCAUCCAGCCUGCUACCUGUGGCAGGUCCAGCAAGCAGAAAAAUGCAUUCCCUAUAAAAGCUCCUGUGGUCCUGGAAAUGUAGCCUUCAAUGUGACCUGUGUCAAUGCUGAAGGGGGAGACGUUCAUAUUGCCCACUGUCUGGACAUCCCUCCCCCCAGAGAGGUGGCCUGUGAAGUUGCCUGUCCUACAGACUGUGUGGUUGGCCCAUGGUCUCUGUGGUCACCCUGCUCCCACAGCUGUGCCACCAAGUCGGCGGAAGGUCGACAAAGCCGGACUCGCAUUGUGUUGGCAAUCUCAGGAAAAGAAGGGAAGGAUUGUACAGCAAAUCAAGCCAUAGAGGAGUGGAGGGUCUGUAAUGAUCACCCUUGCAUGGUGUUCUUCUGGGAGGCCUCAGUCUGGGACCCCUGUAUGGAAGAUUCUACCAUAGAUGUCAAUGGAACUGGCCUCUGGAAUGAGACCCCUGUCUGUGUUAUGGGUGUUCAGAUGCGUGAAGUUAAUUGCAUGAAGAUGAACAUUGGACCUGUCCAAAACAAAAGGUGUUCAGAUUCUGCACGUCCAGAAACAACCCGGCCUUGUUUGCUUCCCUGCAAGAAAGACUGCAUCGUAACACCCUUCAGUGAAUGGACAGCCUGCCCAUCAAGCUGUAUGCCAGAAAAUACCACUGCCAACACACAGUCUCGAUACAGGAUCAUCGUUCAAAGGUCAGCAAAUGGAGGUCAAGAGUGCCCAGACACACUCUAUGAGGAGAGAGAGUGUGCAUCACUUCCUGCAUGUCCAGUAUAUAGGUGGAAGAAACACAAAUGGCACAGCUGUAUGCUGGUUCCAGAUUCAGUUCAACAUGGAUCAUCUGGAGCAGAAGAAGCCUGUGGAAAUGGUUUAGAAAUAAGAGGAGUCAGUUGUGUUACGGAGAGUGGUGAGUCCGCCAAUAUGACAGAAUGCCUGCGAUGGGCAGGCCCCUUGCCCCAACAAAUCAGAGCAUGCCAGGUGCCUUGCAAGGAUGACUGCACCCUAACUGCAUGGUCCAAGUUCUCUGAAUGCUCUGGAUGUGGCAGCUCCCGCAGCCGCAUACGCUCACUUAUAGGUCGCAGUAAAAAGAAGGAGCAAUGCCUGAAUAAGGAGCUGCACCCACUCGAGGACACAGAAACCUGUCCCUGUAAAGAUUUUCUGUCCCAGCCCUUUGGGAACUGGUCUGCUUGCAUCUUACCUGAUCAUUUGGCUCCCGGCCAACAGGGCUGGAUAACCCAAAGAGAAAUAAAGGAAUGUGGACCAGGCCUGCGCUACAGAGCCGUGGCAUGUGUUGACCAACAUGGACACCUGGUGAACCCAACUCUCUGCACAGAAUCAGGCUACAUAAUGGAGAUCUGCCACAUUCCUUGCCCUCUGGACUGUAAGCUCAGUGAGUGGUCACCCUGGUCACCCUGCAGUGUCUCCUGUGGAAGUGGGUUAAAGAUCAGAUCCAAAUGGCUCAGGGAGAAAGCUUUCAAUGGGGGACGCCCAUGCCCAAGGCUGGAUUCAAAAAAUCAGGUAAGGGUGUACGAGGCUGUGAGAUGCCAAAGUGAAUGCAACCAAUACGAGUGGAGGAUCGAGCCCUGGUCCAUUUGUACCAUUAACACUGUUGACGGCUUGCCAGGCUGUGGGGAGGGGGUCCAGAGCCGCAAAGUCAGGUGUGUGAAGCAAGGAACAGGUGGGGAGGCCAGCAUUGUGGAUGACAGUCUAUGUGAUCAUGAGGAAAUGCCACCCAGAGCCCAGGUCUGCUUUCUGGCCUGCCCAAACGACUGUGUCAUGACACCCUGGGGACCCUGGAACAACUGCCCUCAGCAAUGUGACCAAGGAACAUCAAGGUACAGGAACAGACAUAUCCUCCGCCUCCCAGCCUCAGGAAACUCAUCCUGUCCAGAGCUGGUCCAGUCAGAGCCUUGUGUUCUCAACAGCACCUGCUUCUCCUACCAGUACAGAGUCUCAGACUGGACAACAUGUCACCUGAAUGAACAUGCUAUCUGUGGAUGGGGAUCACGUUCGCAUCUCUUGGACUGUAUUCGCAGCGACGGCAAGAUUGUGGAGCUGCAAAAGUGCAAACAGUUUGGUCUGAUCAACAAGUGGAGGCUUUCUGAAAGCUGCAUGGUUGACUGUCCCGUCAGCUGUAUACUCUCAGAUUGGUCACCGUGGGCUGAAUGCUCGAACACCUGUGGUAGCCAAGGUCAGUCUGUGCGUACUCGGAGAAUCCUGCAGGAAGCCCACGAGGGAGGUCGUCCGUGUCCUAACCAGCUGAGCCAGACCAGGCCGUGUCCCAUAAGGCCUUGCUACACAUGGUUGCUGGGUGACUGGUCUCCAUGCACUGUAGAGGGUGCAAAGUGUGGUGAGGGGCUUCGAAGAAGGAACCUUUCGUGCGUUGUUCAUUGGGGUGACUGGCCGGAGUCUUUCCCUCAGCCUGUGGAUGGAGAGCUUUGUGGAGAUCAAUUGAGGCAGCAGCUCUUACAGGAUAUGGAGCAGACCUGUUUUAUUCCCUGCCCAGGAGACUGCCAUUUGACUGUGUGGUCAUCUUGGAGCUCUUGCCAACUGACCUGCAUGGAGGGGCGGAGCUUUGAGACCACCGGUCACCAAGCUCGCUCCAGAGCUGUGAUCAUUCAGGCCAUAGUGAACCAGCACAGCUGUCCAAAUCAAAUCUUUGAGACCCGCCCAUGUAAAGGAGGAAAAUGUCACAGCUACCAGUGGAGGACAGGAGGAUGGAGCAACAAUGAGAGAACAGUUUGGUGUCAGCGCUCGGAUGGUGUCAAUGUAACAGGGGGUUGUUCUCAACAGAAAAAGCCAACCACAGUCAGACACUGCCAUCCUCCAUGCACAAAACCCUUCUCAUACUGCACACCGAGUGGAGUGUGUGGGUGUGAGAAGGGUUACACUGAAGUGAUGACCAUGCACGGCUUCCUGGAUUACUGCACCAGAACCCCAGGGGUGGACAACAACAAGAAAGCUGAUGUGAAAACCAACUCUGGGAGAUUAAAACCCGGACCAUCUCAGGCCCAGGACCACUUCAGGGAGUGGACCCUACGACCUGUUGGCCCAGAUGGAAGAGUAAAGCUUUGGGUUUAUGCCGUGACUGCCGUUGGAUUCAUCUUAAUACUCUUCAUUAUUGCAUUAACAUUCCUGGUCUGUUACCCAUCCAAAACUGCAAAGACGUCUCCACCACUUCAGAAACCCUUGACCAUGGCCUACGAUGGGGACGUGGACAUGUAACUCACAUGCACCUCAAAAAGAACAUGCUCAGCCACGGAUCAACACCUGACUGCAUUCAGUUAGCAAGUCCAUCAGCUACCACUGAUUUUUUGGCAAGUGUGAGCGGCAGGCCAAUGUGGUAGGGUAAGAAAACAGUGGAUGAAUAGUGAUUCUUGAUUAGUGAGUUCACAUUUUGCUGCUAAAUGGCAAUAAGCCCAUGCUUGGCUGUGGCCAACUAUUUUCCCUGGAGAAGAGGAUUCAAAGCUGAACAUAAUAGAUGGAAUGAAGGUGUCUCGGCAUGGACCUGUGAUUUGUUUGGUAACAGUGUUUGCAACCCAAAAAUCAAGAAAACUUUGGAGAAGGGAGAAAAAGGGAUCUAAAGAUGGAUUUUUGAUUGAGUGUGUGUGUGUGCGCGCGUGCGUGUGUGUGUGGGUGUGUCUGUUGAUGUUUUAAGUAUCAGAGGACACCACUGGUCAUUUGUGUUACAGGAGCGACAGAACAACAUGACUCAGCAGUCACUCAUGACAUUCAAAGACAAAACAACAGAACGUUUGACUCUGUUUCAUCCGUGCUGAAUCUUUGUAAAAGGAAAUGUCACAAGCCUUUUGAGUAGACAACAGCGGUUUUUGAAUUACUGAGAUAAAACAAGAUGCUAUGCACUACAUUAGUGCUAUUCACUGUUGUCUUUUCUUUUCAAAAUACUUUUUUAUUGUUUAAUUGUAAUGCAAGUUGUUGCUGUCAGAUUGUGUUGAUGAUACCAUAUGUUGUGUUAUGUGGGAACAAAAAGCAGGCUUGCCUUGAACAAUAAAAUGAUAACUCAAGACUCCCUGCCAUAAGAACUCAACAACUGGAAAGUCCUUCAAUUUAUACAGAAACAUGGUAGGCAAGGAAUAAUAGAAAAUAAUGCUUUUACAUAAACAAUGAAAUCACCAGCAUGACAGAUGUCAUACCCCAUACACCUGUUCAUAAAAGCCCCACCCACCCCCAUAAAGAGUAUUGAUCAGUAAAACAAUCAAGGGAAAAUAAUGCAGAAUUAUCCCCCUCUCUUUUUUCUGCAAAUAUAAUGUUUACUCAACUUACAGUAUUUAAAGACAUGGCUCAAAUAAUGGGGCGCCAUUUGUAAAGUUGUACUCGCUGAAAAUAACAGCAACAAUUCUCCACAUUUAGCUCUUACAUGUCUUAAAAAUGUAGAGUGAAUUUUUAAAAGUCACUUUUUUUUAGCACAUUUAGAGCAAUAUUUGUGAUAUUUUUCACUUUUAAUUUUCUUGUCACAAAUGUAUUUAAGUUAAAAUCCCUGUUAAAUCUGAAUGCUAAAUCUAAAUGUUAAAUAUAAAUAUAAAUGGUAAGUAUAAAUGUUAAAUGUUGUUCUGCGAUCCAAAAUAUUGAGCAUAUAUGCAAAUUCACACUGCAGCUUAGCAGAAAUACCAAAAUAAAAGCUUCACAAAGCAACACAGACUUAGCAUUACCAACUUUGCUUGUCCGUACCACAGACUGGGUCAGUAUUGUCUCUGAUCGCUGUGAAAUCUCUUAAUGGCCUCCAAAACUGCCUUUCCAACAUUUUCUGCUAAAUCAGUGUACAUUAUGGACGGUGGGCAGUUGGGCUAGUUACCUGUAGGAGUCAGUGCUGACCAUAGACUGUAUAAAUAAUGGAUGUAGUACCCGUGACAUCACCCAUCUGUUCCUGGACGCUGUUUUGAAGCCAAUCAUCGGCGGCAGCAAUAUUAGUAAUGCUGAACUCAACCAGGCAGAGUGUGACGUAAAGAGGCAGGUUUGAGCCACCUCGCCAACAGCUAUGUGUUCCCAUCCGGGAGUCGUGUCAGUCAUGUCCUUAUUUGGGCAAAAACUUGUAAUCUUAAUAUCUUCUGAACCGCUGGGUUAGAAAAAAAUUCAACCCCCAUACAGUGUGUGAUGUAUAGAGAAAUUAGCUACAUAGAGCCAAAAUGUUUUUUGAACCAGGCUGUAAACAUGUUUAUUAAUGCUGCUAAGAUUGUCUUUUUUGAAUUGGUGUCUAUGUGGUUACUGGUGUUUCUGCAGCCAGCCUCAAGUAGAUUCUCGAUGAAUUGCAGUUUAUAAUACUUCAGCAUGGGCUUCAUAUUUUGAGACCAGAGGUUGCCGCUUAGUACUGACAGACUAUAGUGGGAUAUCUGUAUCGCUUUAUGAAGCUCUUAUUUUGGUAUGUCCGCUGGGCGGCAGUCAGCAUUUUCAUAUUAGCUAAAUAAUAUGGAUUGAAGAGCAACAUUUAUCAUUUAGAUUCACAUUUAACAUUUAAAAUUUAGCAAUCAACAUUUAGAUUAAACAAUUAACAUUAAAGAUUUAUAUUUAAUAUUCAGUUUUAUCAGUGAUUUUAACUUAAUUGUAUUUGUCAAGACAAAAACUAAGUGAAAAAGAUCACAAAUGUUGCUCUACAUGUGCUAAAAAAAGUAACUUAAAACUUCCCGCCAUGUUUUUAUGACAUUUUGAAGCUAAAUGUCGAGAAGUGUUGCUGUUAUUUUCAGUGUGCACAGCUUUACCAACGGCUCCCAGAAAGCAAAUACCACGUGAAAGCACAUAUUUAUUCAGUGAGCUGUCCCUCAUUUCUGUUGUAUUUCUGUAAGAAAAAUCUAAUAUUCUACUUUUAAUCUCUUUAUUUAUUUCAUUGAUCCACAUUUCACUUGCAUUUCAUGACAUCUACCAUUUAUAGUGCAAAGGGUAAUACCAAAGCAUCUCAGUGAAUGAUAACUGCCCACACGUAUUUUCCAUUUAAAAAUGUAAUUCAAGCUUUUAUUUUUCAUGAGUUCUGUCUCACAUAAGUUCUGCAAUACAUUGUGGUUGAACUCUGACCAGAGAUUAAGGAUGUAACUUGUGUUAUCUGACCCUUCUGAAUGUAUUUUACUCCUAAAUGUAUAUCUUAAUGGUUGUGCAAAUAUGGUUGUUACUUGUUGUAACAAUUGUAUUUCAAGAGCUGAUUGUAUUUAGGCAUGCUUAAACUAUUUUGCAGGAAGUGCUUUUCGUGGCCUUUCAGAAAUGAUGUGUUAAAAGUUGACAAACAGAUCAGAGUUGGUCUUUUUAAGACGAUUUUCAAAUAUUCAGCCAAUAAAGGGAUAUAUGGUUAAUGUUAAAUCAAUGUAAAAUCCAAUUGUGAAGUAUGUUACUAUUUCUAGAUGGAUGCUAUCAACAGAUUUCCAACUAACUGAGCAUAUUUCCAGAACCUAACAAAGACCGGUCCACUUCUGAAAAUUAAAGGAUGUUUAACCAAUUUUACAGUACCAUGCUAUUUGUAAUACCAGUGUGUGUAAAUGGAGAGCAGGACAAAACUGUAAAUAAAUCGUGAAACUGUGUGAAAAAAGAA